CACACACACACACACACACACACACACCACACACACACACAAUAGCCCCCUGUGAUGUCAACCCUCCAUGGCUGAGCUGCACGGCAUGUCUGUCGAGGCGUUAUAAUCUAAAAGCAAACCGGGACAUUAUGGAGCAGACGGUGUGUUGACGGAGAUGCGACGGUGCAUGAAAAAGACAGUUGGCCUCCGCGGCGGGAUGAAGUAUGAUCGGCAAUAAACACGCAGAGGAACACCGAGAGAUACAUUUAAGUCAACUUAAUCCAUCUGGACAUCUGGGGGGAAGAUAAGGACAGUGAUGGCUUCGAUGAAAACAGCAUUAUUCGUGUUUCUACACUGGGUGCUCCAGUGCGCUGUGUGUCGCGACGUAUCUGUUCCUCCUGGGACCCUCUACCGUGUUGCAGGGUUCCCCCUCUCCCUGCCCUGUGCUGUGUCAGGGUUUGAAGGGCCACGCACGCAGGACUUUGAGUGGUUGCUGUACAGAGAUGAUGCCGGUGGCAAGCAGAUGGGAGUGGUGUCCACCAGGGACAAGGGCUUCCCUUACGCCCCAUUUCAGCCUCGGGUGAAGAAUGGGGAGGUGAGGGUGGAGAGGGACUCGGGGGACAAAGUCCGACUGGUGAUCCAGAGACUUCGAGCUGAAGACCAGGGGAAGUACGAGUGCUACACACCCAGCACGGACAUUGCCUACCAGGGGAACUACAGCGCCUCAGUGCCUGUCAAAGUGAUCCCUGACACACUCCAGGUCAGCUACACCCGCUCCCUCACCGGCCAGCCCGUGCCCGAGGGGGCCGAGUUAACUCUGAUAUGCUCAGGCGGCAUCCAAUCGGAGCAGCUCACCCAGCUGUCCAUCACGUUUGGGAAGCGCAAUAAUGGAGAGGGCUUGUGGGCCGACGGUGGAGGGGAGGUCAGCAACAUAAGGGAGAUUAUCUCCAUCGACAAGCUGCUGGGGGUCGUCCCUGGACGUAUGUACAAGAAGCGGUACGACGAUGGAGAGAUCACGCUGGAGAAGAGAAACAAGGAAGGGGGACUGGGCGAGUACGUGAUGAAGAUGAGGGCCGUGCAGCCAGACGACACCGGCUCCUAUUUCUGUGAGUCCAUGCAGUGGAUCCGGGACCCCGAUCGAUCCUGGCAGAAGAUCGCACAGAGGAGGCUGGAUAUUGGCAACUUGACCGUUCAGCAACUAGCGGAGUCUCUGAGUAUAUCGUCCUCUCCCCGAGGGGAGGUGACUCUGCAGGUGGGGGCUCCUCUCAUCCUGACCUGUGAGGUGUUAGGGCUGCCAGCGGAGGUAAACUCAGGGCUGCUGGUUCAGUGGAUGAAGAGAGGAUCAGUCAGCAGCGAUGGAGCUAUGAGCGGGGGAGUCGAGGUGGAGGUGGCCCGGAUGAGCCCGGACGGUGUUGUGAGCUGGGGAGACGACCUCAGCCGAGCGAGUGGGGGCUCCAUGGAGAAAGUGGCAGGGGGGAGAUACACUCUGAAGCUGUUCUCAGGCCAGCCUUUAGACUCUGGGGUAUACCGGUGUGUGGUGAGUGUGUACGCCGGGAGAGCCAACCCUGACCCUUCUACUCCUGUAACACUCACCCAGAGGUCUGAGGGGGUCACCGUCAACCUCAAAAGCAAAGGUGAGAGCGCUGCAUGCAUCUUCAGUGACACGAGGGCUUCAUCUGAACACUUUUGA